UUGGGUUGUGAGGCUGAGGCUAGCGCCGCCGCGCGGCAGCCGACGCCGAACCCGGAGAGGAACGGCCUCAGUCGGUCGGCGGCGGCGGUGUCGCGUGCACGCAGGUCCUCCCAUCGCUGUUUUUCUGGGCGCGAGCGGCCGGUCGGCGCAGAGCUGGCCCGAGGCGACCGGCGAGGCGGCCUAACGGUAGUCGAUGCGUAGAGUGCGCCGGGAAGCACACGGCCGGGCCGGGCAGUGACCGCUGCGUGCCGGCACCGACCGUCCGCUGGCCUCCGCGGCCCGUGCAGCGGUGAAAAGGAGCACAGCGCUCACCUGACCGGCGUCAAAAUACCCAGGAGUGACCGACAUAGUCACUGUCGUGAAAGACCCACACAUGCAAGUCAGCUAGGAAUCAUGCUAAAGAGGCUGCGCGUCUCCAACAGACUCGGUGCUGCGCUGGUGUCGGUGGCCGUGUGCUGUCUGGUGGCGGUGACCCGACCCCGGACGGUGCCGCUGGCCGCCCCCGUCGACACAGACGGCCGGGUCGGCGGCCGGCCCAUCGCCGAGCUGUGGGUGCCCAGCCGGCCGGCGCACGCCUGGUUCACCAGCGCCCAGUGCCGGCCGCUGCUCACCCGCUUCACGUGCGACCAGUGUCUGCCGCUCGUCUACCUGGCGUCGUUCCCCAGGUCAGGGAACACCUGGCUCCGCUACCUGCUGGAGGCCUCCACGGGACUUGUCACUACAGCUGGACUGCCUGACUUUUGGACGUACCGAAAUCAAACCCCAGGCAAAAUUGUCUUGGACCUUGAGCAGCUCUGGGAUGCGACACGGGCAGACAGAGAGCUGAUUUCUUACGGAUACCUUGGGGAGAAGAUUCCGUGGUCUCAAGGUAUCGGUAUCGUUUCCAAGACACACUAUUAUCCUGAGCCAUGGAAUGUAACGGAGGCUGAAGAUGCUCCGCACGGGCUGUCGCCUUUUCCUAGCGACCGCCCACGACGAGCCGUACUGCUCAUACGCGAUCCAUUCAAAUCGAUAAUUUCUCUUCGGAAAUAUGGCGAAACACGAUCAGUUCGUAACGAAAAAGAUAUGACGUAUCUGUAUCGUGGAGAAGAUUGGUUGAAUUAUGCUAUGCACUUACCGCAUGUGUGGUUUAAUAUGAAUGCAGAGUGGCUGCAGGCAACCAACGAGACGCAUGUGGUUCUCUAUGAGCGUCUCCGACAGGACCCGAUGGGGGAGCUGCGCGCGCUGCUGCGCUUCCUGCAGGUGGAGCCCGACCGGCGGCGGCUGGAGUGUCUGCGCGGCGAGCUGGAGGGGAUCGCGCACAACCACCGGCACGGCGUGGUGCCCGACGGCGAGACGUACCCGCUGCGGGUGCGCGCCGAGCUCUGGAGCUACAUCCACCAGCUGCACUGGCUCCUCAGGGACAGAGGUUACCCGGGACUGCCCCUGCAACAGUACUCGUUUGCAGACGAGUUCGGUGAUAUUAAUAUACGGAUGCGUUGAACAAGACAAUGGUUUCAAAAUGUGUUAAUUGUGCACAACACUGGGUUUUCUGCCGAUCGUUUUCAUGUCUCGCAGCCUCUUCAUUGUUUCAGGUUAUUUUUAACGUUUUUAAACGUGCGACGUAUGUACAACGUGCAACGUCACUUACUCACUUGAAUAUCUCCAUUCGUAUAGCUUCCUGACAUGUGCAUGGAUCCAAGUGUGGAUCUGUGAUCUCAGUGGAUCUCAAAGCUACCAGUAACUCCAUGUUAGGAUCUGUGAUCCCACUGGAUACAGGGUCUGGAUCUAAGAUUUCAUAUGAUAUGACGAUAAAUCAAGGACAUAGAUCUAUGAUCCGUGGGAUCCCAUCAUGUACAACCUUUGAAGCUAUGUUUUCCAAUCCUACACAAAGUUACCAAAGUCAAACAGAACUUUUGUGAGUUGCAACAAGCGGAUGUCUAGGAUUUCUGUGUUGACAAAAAGAAGUGAUGAUAUGUGAUGUCACGCAUAGUCUCAUAGACCUCUGUAUACCGAGGUCUAUGUCAGAUACAGAGGUCUAUGUCGCACUGCUUCUUAACCCUAUUAG